AUGACCGCCAAGAAGCACGAAGGUUCGGCGCUGCUGAAGAAAGAUGCCGAGGAUCGCGCCGGCACGGACAUGUAUGGUAGCACCCAAAAGACUGCCACAGUGACGGCGCCGUUGCCCAUGAUUCCCAUGAUGCAAGAGAUCAAAGAGAUGGGCAGCAUGGCGAUUCAAUUGUCUCUCCGGCAAAUGGUGCGCCAGGCAAUGACACUCACGGACGCUGCAUUCCAGGGCCACAUCGGAACAAAGCAGCUCGCGGGAGUUGCCCUUGCUAGCAUGUGGAUGGGUGUACCUUCUGCGUUCAUCCAGUACUCGAUCCAAGCGAUUCCGACCCUCUGCGGCCAAGCAUACGGCGCCAAGAACAACAUCCUGGUCGGCAUUUGGCUACAAACGGCCAUUGUGUUUGCCAUCUGCACAUGCGUGCCUGUCAUGGUGUACUAUAUGUUUGUCGGGCACAUGAUUGGUCUGACGAUGGAUGACGAAGAGACUGUCAUGUACGGGCAGGCGUUUGCCCGCGUCAUGGCGCUGGGACUCAUCCCGCAGUUUGUCUACAAUGCGUGCGCGUCGUACUUUGCGGCACAGGGCGUGAUCAUGCCGGCCACGUUUUGCAGCGGGCUCACGAUGGUGCUCAACAUUGUGUUCAAUCAAGUGUUUAUAUACGGCGCGUGGGGUUGGCACGGUUUUGGGUUCAUCGGGUCCCCGAUUGCCACCGUCACAAGCACGUACCUGCAACUCGCGCUCUUUUUGCUGUACACUGUUGUGUGGAAGAAGUAUCACGUGAACUACUGGGGCGGAUGGACUUGGGACUGCGUCAAGCGCGAACGCAUGUCGACGUUUUUGUCGCUGGCGGUGCCCAUGGGGAUGUCAUCUGUGGUGGACUGGUCCUCGGCAGCGGUCGCGAGUGCGUUCUCGGGUCUGUUGGGACCGCAGAUUGCCGCCACGAUGUCUGUUUUGAACGGCAUUUACGGCGUGGCCAAUGCGUGCGUGAGUGGAUUUUCCAUCUCGACGCAGAUUCGCAUGUCGAGGUACUUGGGGCAAGGCCACCCUGUCGCCGCCAAGCGGGUGCUGCUACUCGGCGCGCGCGUCGUCAUGGCCAGCGCGACAACGCUCUUGGUGCUCGUGGUCUUGGCCCGCAACACGCUCUUCCACGUCUGGAGCAACGACCCUGCGAUCAUGGACCUGUGCAGCAAGUCGCUGGGAUUUUUCAUUGCGUGCGUCAUGAUUGCAUUUGGGCGGUUCCUUCUCACAGCGUCGAUGAACGCGCUAUCGAUGGCCGAUGUCAACUUGAUUGCCAACAACAUUGCGUCAUGGUGUAUUUACGUGCCAUUGAGCUACAUCUUGCCGAUCACGUUGUCGUGGGGCAUCAAUGGAUUCUGGGUUGCCGACACGAUGGGCGAGCUGUUCAAAGUCGUCGCGUUGGCGUGGGGGCUAGCCCGUGUGAAUUGGCAAGCGAGAGCCGACCAGGCCCAGGCCGCCGCCGAAGCGUCGGACCUGAUGCAGCCAGAGCAAGAGGAGCAGCGCGAACUCGUCGCGUUUGAGAAUGAGGCGUUGACGCCGGGGUCGGUCCGCAGUCCUUCGCUGCUGCUGUCGACGCGAAGCCACCACACACCGACCCUGAUGCAGCGCGCGAUGUCGCUAACGCCCAAGCGGAAUGCACACAAGGAAGUCUGA